CACUCCACGACUUCCAUCAAAAUCCCGCGAGAAAAUCAAGUCUUCGAUGCAGAAAACUUGAAAAACUCUCCAAGAUAGGGAAAAUCGGAUCCCCUCCAAAGUGGAUUUCAGAAUAUCAGCAGUAGCCAGUGCGCUACGUAAAUAUCAAAAAGUAGAUUUCAUUGGAUUUGAUUUUGAACACUUCUUUUUCUUCAUAUAUACAUUGAAAAAGACUUGUGGUAGCCCAUAUAUUUUUGAUACAGACAGAUUCACUCACCAUUACAUUGCAGCAAAUUUUUUCUGUUCAUCUCUUUCUUUCUUUCUUUAUUAUAUCAGCUUGUAACUUGAAUGGCUUUUUGAAGGGAAAAAAGUUUGUGGUUUUUGUUUCUUAUUUUUUCAUCUGGGCUCUUCAGAUUUUCUCCAAGAACUGAAAAUGGCUAAAAAUAUUCUGUUUUCAAGAUUAAGGAAGGUUGAGAAGAAUGAACGGUUUGAUGAUGAUUUAUUGUCAUCUUGUGAUUCUGAUGAAGUCCAUGUUUUAGCUGUUGAUGACAGUUUUGUUGAUAGGAAAGUCAUUGAGAGAUUGCUCAAAAUCACUUCUUGUAAAGUUACAGUAGUGGAAAGUGGGAUGAGGGCUUUGCAGUUCUUGGGACUGGAUGAAGAAGAAAGUUCUGUUGGUUUUGAUGGUUUAAAGGUAGAUCUUAUAAUCACAGAUUAUUGUAUGCCUGGAAUGACUGGUUAUGAAUUGCUCAAGAAAAUCAAGGGAUCAUCUACAUUUAGAGAAAUUCCAGUUGUGAUCAUGUCAUCUGAAAAUGUUUUAACUCGGAUUGACAGAUGUUUGGAAGAAGGAGCUGAGGAUUUUAUAGUAAAGCCUGUCAAGUUAUCUGACGUAAAACGUCUGAAGAACUACAUGUUUGGCGAAGGUCGGACAAAGAGUCAAGACACAGGAUCUAAUAAGAGGAAGUUACAAGAGACUUCACCUUCACCUUCACCUUCUCCGACAUCCUCAAUUUCACCGGAACCAUCUUCCGAUUUGUCAUCAACUUCUUCACCAUCAACACCUCAUUCACCACCAUCUCAAGAGUCUCCUACGAGGCGAUACAAAACGAGCAAUCCCAACUUAAAAGAGUAGACACGCCAAUUGUCCCCAUUAAUUCAAAGUUUUCUCUUGGCUUGCCGUUAUUUUUGUUAUUAACUUUUUGUAUCCACAACCCAUGUGUCACAAUGUUUAUACGAGUAAAAUUCACUCAUCUUCUAUAAAUUGACAAUUGACAUCGUUUAAGUUGUCGGUCGUUAAAAGUUGUUCCACUAAGGUAUCAAUUGUAUUGUGCCAUCUAAUUCAAUGAACUCGUUUCUAAAAUA